AGGGCUGUCAGUUUUGUCCUCAGAUCAGUAUUGCCAACACAACUGCCUCAGGGGUGUUCAGAAUGGCAUAUCGACUCAGGGCAGGGCAUACCCCAGAUCUGAGAGGUUUGUACAAGAGUGCGUGUGCUCAACUUUCUCUUUCUCCCUGUUCUUUGACAGCCACUGUCAGACCCUGCCACCAGCCACCUCAGCAGAAGUUUCUGGGCAUGAAACCUCUUCUCAUCGUGUUUGUCUUUCUCUUCUUUUGGGAUCCAGCACUGGCAGGCUUAAAUCCAUUUUCAUCAGAAAUUCACAAGAAAUGUUAUGGCAAUGGUACCUGCAGACUUGAGUGCUAUGGAAGUGAAAUGUUAGUUGCUUAUUGUUUGUAUCAACUAGAAUGCUGUGUCAGAGGAAACCCUGCACACUAACAUGAGAAACUAGUGAAUGUCAAUUAACCUGAAGAUCUUUGGCCCUCCCAUAUUUCACAAAACUGGGAAUGUGGAUCAAACUGUGACACUGUGAUGUGCCCAAGGCUGCUGGGUUUUAGCAUUUUAAUAAGCCACCAGAAUCCUGGGAAUUUGGAUUUGAAGAGCUGAGCUGCAGCCUUCUUUUUAAAAAGUGCUAAAUUUCUCAUGAAAACAACCUAGACUAUAUUUUCUCAUUCCAAUGCGCUAUCUAAUGCUUUCUUCAAUGCCUAUUUCUUGUUCUAAUCAUAAAAAAGAUGUAUUGAUUAUUUAGAGUCUUCAAAUAGAAACAUUUUUUUAAACUAGGUCCUACCCUACCAUCUCUUCAAGUUCCCAUGUACCUUUUCUAUGAUGAAUCUCCUAUUUGUAGAGAAACAGAUCUGCCCUAAACCUAUGAGUACAUCUCUCACAUGGACCACAUAGGCAAAACUUAUCUGUAAAUUGACCCAAGUCUUGACUGAGUCUGACCCUGAAGUUCUUGAAACAGAAAAUCAUCUUCUGAUGGGCUGUCACAAAGUAGUUUCUCACCUCCCUAGUUUCAGUUAAACAUGAGACUUCCAACCUCAGCACACUUAGGGUUAAGCUAUAGACCGUAAGAUUGUUUGGCUAAGGCUUAAUGUUGGCGCUUCAGUAGCAGAGUGACCCACCACCUCUGCUACCCAUCAUCUGGCCUCUCUGGUUGGGUGUCAUCCCGUGGAUCUAGGAACUAACACUAUGCUGAUCUUGCUUUGUUCUAUGUAUAAUAAACUGUC